CCGGCGGCUACCGGGGCCGGACCACGUGGGGCCCAAAGGGGGUUGCGGCGCGGGACAUGGAGUCAGGGAGGCUGGAGAACUUCCCGAGCCCGGGCAGGGGCAGCGGCCUCCGCGCUCUUAGGCGGGCGCGGCCCGGCGAGCUGCUCUACCGGGCCGAACCCUUCGCCUGCACCGUCACCAAGCAGCGACUGGGCACCGUGUGCGAGCGCUGCCUGCGCAGGAAUGAACGGCUGCUUAGAUGCUCUCAGUGCAAAAUUGCCAGAUACUGUGAUACACGUUGUCAGAAAGAAGCCUGGCAGGAGCACAAGCGAGAAUGCAAAUGUCUUAAGAGUAUUGAGCCUAACUUUCCUCCUGACUCAGUGAGACUUGUUGGCAGGAUUGUUUUUAAACUACUUGGACAAUCAGCAGCAUGUCCUUCUGAGAAACUCUACUCUUUUUCUGAUCUUCAGUCAAAUAUUGAAAAGUUAAGUGAAGAAAUGAAAGAGGGUCUCAGGCACCUGGCACAGACAUUGCAGCUUUAUUUGAGAGUGGAGAUCCAGGAUGCUUUUCAGUUGCUACCUGCAAUAGACAUUUUUCAGAUCUUCGCAAAAGUGACCUGUAACUGUUUCACCAUCAGUAAUGGAGAAAUGCAGGAUGUUGGUGUUGGCCUGUAUCCCAGCAUGUCUCUCCUGAACCACAGCUGCGACCCAAACUGUGUGAUUGUUUUUGAGGGACGCCAGCUUCUACUGCGGUCUGUCCGGGAGAUCCAGAUUGGUGAAGAGCUCACUAUCAGCUAUAUUGAAUCACUGAUGCCCAGCAGUGAGCGUCAAAAACAUCUGAAGCGCCAAUAUUGCUUUGAAUGCAACUGUCUUCUGUGCAAGACGCAAGAAAAGGAUGCUGACAUGCUGGCAGGUGAAGAGCAAGCCUGGAAAGAAAUCAAAGAUGCUGUAGCUGAAGUGGGAAACCCAAGGUCACAAGAAGAGUGGGAGCAGGUUCUGGCAAUGUGCCAGGCUCUUCUAAAUAACAGUGCAGAUCGUCUUCCAGACACAAACAUCUAUCUGCUGAAAAUGCUUGACUGUGCCAUGGAUGCCUGUAUUAAUCUCAGACGUUGGGAGGAAGCUUUGCUUUAUGGCAACAGGACUCUAAAACCAUACAGACUGUAUUAUUCCAGCUUUCAUCCCUUGAGGGCUGUCCAGAUGAUGAGAGUGGGCAAAUUGCAGUAUACUCAAGACAUGUUUCCUCAAGCACUGGAGACUUUGAAGCAGGCAUAUAACAUUAUGAAAGUAACCCACGGAGCAGAUCACAGCCUGGUACAAGACCUGAUGAAACUUAAGGAACAGUGUGAGGCUGACAUGCGAGCACAGUGAGGAUGAUCUCAGGCUGGAAAGCUAACAUUCCGGGGGAAAGGAAAGCAAAUCUUUUUCGUAGUGACAUUCUAUGACCUGAGCCAAAGCCCUCUGAAUUCAUUGGAAUGACUCCGAUUGAGUUUGGUAGGCUUUGGAUCAGGCCCUAUUUCCUUUGCUAAAAUGUUUAAUGUUUAUUAGCUUUGCUGUUCUGCAGUGUGAUUUUCCUCACUGAAUUAAAAUGUGGAGGACUACAGGCCAUUUUCAGAGGGAGUCUGCUCUCUGGGAAGCAACAUAGUAGCAAAUAAGUCUUAGCAACUGAUGUUCAAGUUACAUGUUAGUAAUAAAAAAACAUACCUGUAUACAGAA